GUGUGAUCACUCACCAACACUCACCCUGACACGGCCAUCACUCACCAUCACUCACCAACACUCACCGUCACACUCGCUCGCCGUUAGAGUCACACGAAGUCACCAUCGCUCGCCCUCACACCUGCAAUCACACUCACCAACUCGCACUCACCCCCUUGCUCAUGCACACCCCUCUACUCACCGUCAUUCAAACUCACCCUCACCACGCAGGCUCGCCCUCACACUUACCCUCAUUCAAGCUAGUCCACCCUCUCACUCACCCUCACACUCCCUCGCACUCACCAACACUCGCGACAAUUACACUCACCCGUUCACUCACCGUUCACUCACCCGUUCGCUUACCCAUUCACUCACCCGUUCACUCACCCGUUUACUCACCCAUUCACUCACCCGUUCACUCACCCGUUCACUCACCCGUUCGCUUACCCGUUCACUCACCCAUUCACUCACCCGAUCACUCACCCAUUCACUCACCCGUUCACUCAUUCGUUCACUCACCCAUUCACUCACCCUAUCACUCACCCGUUCACUCACCCGUUCACUCACCCAUUCACUCACCCAUUCACUCACCCACUCACCCGUUCACUCACCCAUUCACUCACCCGUUCACUCACCUAUUCACUCACCCGUCCACUCACCCACUCACCCAUUCACUCACCCAUUCACUCACCCGUUCACCCAUUCACUCACCCAUUCACUCACCCACUCACCCAUUCACCCAUUCACUCACCCAUUCACUCACCCGUUCACUCACCCACUCACCCAUUCACUCACCCAUUCACUUACCCCCGCGCUCGCUCGACUCGCAUGGCCGGGGUGAGCAGGCGCCAUCGGCAGGCAUCACUAGUGGCCGAGUAUGUAAGAAGGGGUGAGGUGAGGGGUGAGUGUCUCUAAGUGGUGAGGAGCAGAGUGAGGGGAGCGUACGUCUCAAAGGGGUGAGCAUUCGGGUUCGGCGAGUGAUAUUGGGUGGUGAUGGUUAGGUGGUGAGGGUUAGGUGGUUGAGGUGAGCGUCACUGUGAAGUGAUCGGUGAGGAGUGUCCCUGGGGGUGAGGAUUGAGGUGAGUGACAGGGUGAGGGUGCCUGGGAGGGGUGAGGAGAGAGGCGAGUGAGGUAAGAUUAUCCCUGGGGGUGAGGUGGAGAGUGUUUUGACGGGCCGAGUUUGGAAUUAGGUGAGGAGCAAGGUGAGCGAUCCCUGGAGGGUGAGGCAAGCAGCGGGGUAAAAGGUGAGGAGGCGAGGCAAAGUGGUGAGGGGAGUGGUGAGGCGAGUGGUGAGGCGAGUGGUGAGGCGAGUGGUGAGGCAAGUGGUGAGGCAAGUGGUGAGGGGAGUGUUUUGGCGGAACAGGUGAGGAAGUCAGGUGAGAGGUAGAUUAGAGACAGGCAGCGGGGUAAAAGGUGAGGAGGCGAGGCAAAGUGGUGAGGGGAGUGGUGAGGGGAGUGGUGAGCAGAGUGGUGAGGCGAGUGGUGAGGGGAGUGGUGAGGCAAGUGGUGAGGCGAGUGGUGAGAGGAGUGUUUUGGCGGAACAGGUGAGGAAUUCAGGUGAGAGGCAGAUUAGAGGCAGGCAGCGGGGUAAAAGGUGAGGAGGCGAGGCAAAGUGGUGAGGCGAGUGGUGAGGGGAGUGGUGAGCAGAGUGGUGAGGCGAGUGGUGAGGGGAGUGGUGAGGCAAGUGGUGAGGCGAGUGGUGAGAGGAGUGUUUUGGCGGAACAGGUGAGGAAUUCAGGUGAGAGGCAGAUUAGAGGCAGGCAGCGGGGUAAAAGGUGAGGAGGCGAGGCAAAGUGGUGAGGCGAGUGGUGAGGGGAGUGGUGAGGAAAGUGGUGAGGGGAGUGGUGAGGCGAGUGGUGAGGCGAGUGGUGAGGGUAGUGGUGAGGCGAGUGGUGAGGCAAGUGGUGAGGCGAGUGGUGAGGCAAGUGGUGAGGCGAGUGGUGAGGGGAGUGGUGAGGCGAGUGGUGAGGCAAGUGGUGAGGGGAGUGGUGAGGCGAGUGGUGAGGCAAGUGGUGAGGGGAGUGGUGAGGCGAGUGGUGAGGCAAGUGGUGAGGCGUGUGGUGAGGCAAGUGGUGAGGCGAGUGGUGAGGGGAGUGGUGAGGCGAGUGGUGAGGCAAGUGGUGAGGGGAGUGGUGAGGCGAGCCGGGCGGGGAGGAGGUGGAGGAGGAUGCGCCUGUCGCCACGUCUCACCGCGGACAUCAUGUCCGACUUCCCCGCUCUCGACCCCGAUUUCUCGCGUCUCAUGGAGUUUCACGGGGACCAGCAGCAGGGCGUGGGGUCCCCUCACGGUGUGCAUGGGCCCUCGGACUCCGUGGGGCCCGGGGGCCCCGGGGCGGGCGUGCUAGUGAGCGGCGUGGUGGCCACGUGCGCCAUCUGCGGAGACCGCGCCACCGGGAAGCACUACGGCGCCUCCAGCUGCGACGGCUGCAAGGGGUUCUUCCGGCGCAGCGUGCGCAAGAACCACAUCUACACCUGCAGGUUCAAUCGGCAGUGCGUGGUGGACAAGGACAAACGCAACCAGUGCCGCUACUGCCGCCUGCGCAAGUGCUUCCGUGCGGGGAUGAAGAAGGAGGCAGCCGUGCAGAAUGAGAGAGAUCGGAUCGCCCUGCGGAGACCGAGCUAUGAGGAGGUGGGGUCGCUCUCAAUCAGCAGCCUCGUGCAGGCUGAGGCCCUCUCCAGACAGAUCACGGGGGCCAGGGAAGUGGGGGGCUCGGGGGACGGCGGGGGGCCCGUGCGCAAGCUGGCCGGGGUGCAGGACGUGUGCGAGUCGAUGAAGCAGCAGCUGCUGGUGCUGGUCGAGUGGGCCAAGUACAUCCCGGCCUUCUGCGACCUGCCCCUAGACGACCAGGUGUCUCUGCUGAGAGCUCACGCUGGCGAGCACCUCCUUCUUGGGGUCUCCAAGCGCUCCCUGCCCUACAAGGAGCUGCUGCUGCUCGGCUCCGAGUCGGUGAUUCCCAGGAACUGCCCCGAGCAGGAGCUGUGCCGCGUCUCGAACCGCGUUCUGGACGAGCUCGUGCGACCUUUCCGUGACCUCCAACUCGACGACGCGGAGUUCGCGUGCCUCAAGGCCAUCGUCUUCUUUGACCCAGAUGCGAAGGGAUUGAGCGACGCUGCUCGAAUCAAAGCGAUGCGCUUCCACGUGCAGGUGCUGCUGGAGGACUACGUGACCGACCGCCAGUACGAGAGCCGCGGACGAUUCGGCGAGCUGCUGCUGCUGCUGCCGGCGCUGCAGAGCAUCACGUGGCAGCUCGUCGAGCAGGUCCACCUCCUCCGCCUCUUCGGCGUCGCCAAGGUGGACAACCUUCUGCAGGAGAUGCUGCUCGGAGGAGUGACGGCCGACGCUGCACCCGCCGGCCAGGCGCCCGCUCACCCCGCUCACCCCGCUCACCCCCAGCUCCUGCCCCACCUGCCUCACCUGCCUCACCUGCCCGCUCACCCCCCUCACCAGCAGCAGCAGCAGCCGCCGCCCCCUUCCCGCUCCCCAGACCCCCCGCAUCACUUCCUGGGCAACUCUGGCAGUGGGCACCCGGUCAUCAUCAGCAACCCCAUGGCGACGCAGCACACCAUGCAGCACACCGCUCACCUGUCCACCCCGGACACGCCGCUCCCGUCUCCUCCCGGGAGCUCCCCCCCUGGGGGUCCCGAUCCCUACAAGAUGAGGGGGGGGGCCCUGCCCCACGAGGGUCGCCCACCCUCCCCAUCCCACACAUCCCACACAGUGCUCACCAAGCGGGAGACUCAGUGACUCUGCACAACAGGAGCACACCUGCUGUACACGCCGGCAGUAGCACACCUGUACACACCUGCAGAAACAGUGGCACAUCUGUACACACCUGUAAUGACACACCUGUAAUGACACACCUGUACACAACUGUAAUGACACACCUGUACAUACCUGUACACGCCUGCAGCACACCUGUACACACCUGCAGGAGCACACCUGUACACACCUGCAGGAGCACACCUGUACACGCCAGCAGUAGCACACCUGUACACGCCUGCAGAAACAGUGGCACACCUGUACACACCUGUAAUGACACACCUGUAAUGACACACCUGUACAUACCUGUGCACACCUGCAGGAGCACGCCUGUACACGCCUGCAAAAACAGUGGCACACCUGUACACACCUGUAAUGACACACCUGUAAUGACACACCUGUACAUACCUGUGCACACCUGCAGGAGCACACCUGUACACACCUGCAGAAACAGUGGCACACCUGUACACACCUGUAAUGACACACCUGUACAUACCUGUACACGCCUGCAGCACACCUGUACACACCUGCAGGAGCACACCUGUACACACCUGCAGGAGCACACCUGUACACGCCUGCAGUAGCACACUUGUACACACCUGCAGAAACAGUGGCACACCUGUACACACCUGUAAUGACACACCUGUACAUACCUGUACACACCUGCAGCACACCUGUACACACCUGCAGGAGCACACCUGUACACACCUGCAGGAGCACACCUGUACACGCCUGCAGUAGCACACCUGUACACACCUGCAGAAACAGUGGCACACCUGUACACACCUGUAAUGACACACCUGUACAUACCUGUACACACCUGCAGCACACCUGUACACACCUGCAGGAGCACACCUGUACACACCUGCAGGAGCACACCUGUACACGCCUGCAGUAGCACACCUGUACACACCUGCAGAAACAGUGGCACACCUGUACACACCUGUAAUGACACACCUGUACAUACCUGUACACACCUGCAGUAGCAGUGGCACACCAGCUAAACACGCCGGCAGUACCAGUGGCACACCUUAACACACCUGCAUGAGUAGUGGCACUCCCGUACACACCUGCAGUAGCAAACCUGCACACACCUAUAAUAGCACACCUGUACACACCUGUACAACCUGCAGAAGCACACCUGUACACACCUGUAAUAGCACACCUGUACUCACCUAUACACACCUUCAGGAACAGUGGCACACCUGUACACACCUGCAGUAGCACACCUGUACACACCUGCAGUAGCACACCUGUACACACCUGUACAGGAAUCCCCCGCUCUACAUAAGGGUUGUGUUCCUGAGAAAUGCUACUUAACUCGAAAUAACUUAAAAGCGAACUACUCUAAAUUCCCAUAAACAUCUUAAAGUAAGGGGUUGAGUUCCUAACCGACAUUUCAGGAAUAAAAUGCGUGACUAAAUGUCGUGAAGUUUAUUUAAAAAGAAACCCAUCAGGUAGCAUAGAUUUUAACGAAUAAAAAAUACAAAUAAUUCGAUAAAACUUACCAGAGAUGGUAAAGCAAAGCUUAUUGAUCGACGACUGUGGAGUUAUGCAGACGAAGGCCACGCAUUCUCGCAAAUAUCGACAGCCUUUUCACAUGCUUUAUAACGACUUGAAACUUCUGAUUUAUCGUUGAGAUUCUUUACCUUUCGCCUUUUCUUGCCAGAAGCGCUAACAUAAUUUUCCGUGCAUUUAGCACUCACCUUUCUAAGGCCUUUGUACUGUAAAAAAAACUCACCGAACGCGACAUUUCUACCUAACCACGUGCGCUGCGAUCACACAAGAUGGCGGUCUGGCAGACAAGGAGGCGGAUCACGUGACGGAACGAUAUUCGGUGGUACGCGAAUAUUCGCCCAACGUGCGGCAUUACAUCGCAACAUAGUCCGUGUGCGUUCCGAGUUAAAAAAAAUGUUGCAAACAUUUUUGGCGCAAAUAUAUAUUUUUUCGAUCCAUAAUAGAGGUUUUCUUUGGGUUAGGUUGCGUGAAUAUAAAUGUGUCGUUAAACCCGCCACCAUCCAACACAGCCAAUUAGUAAUGUUUGUGAUGUAAACAGAACGUGGCCGAUUCGUUACUAGUACAGCAACACCGGUGUGUUAGAGAGCAAAUCCACAACAUUUACAUAAUAUGACUUUGAAACCCCCCGCACACCUCCUACGCAUUUCACAAGUAGUACUAAUCACAUACCUGCAUUUCCCAUAAAUAUGCUAAAUUCAUCUUGAUAUGCAAAUUAUUUUGUCAAGGCGCCCUUCCCCCCUUCCAACCCAGCUUAAAUUGUCGCUCCAAGCGUGGUGGUGUUUCAUUCAGACGCUGUCUCCCCGACAGACCUGUUCUUCACCUGAGGACGGCUGCUUGCGUUGUGGCCGAAACGUCGUGAGAAUUAUUUAUUAUGUUUUAUUUUUAUUAUUUUAUUACUUCCCUUCUACGUGACUUUACCGAAAGAACCAAGAAGAUUUACAAUCUAAGUACGACGUUUCGCCGGUAAUUACAACCGGCAUCAUCAGGCGGCAGCCAGACUUGUAGAGAAAUCCUCCUGCUUCGUUCCUUAAAUAGAGGGAUACUAAUUGGCUGUGUCGGGUGGUGGCGGGUUUUAACGACACACAUGUAUAUAUUUACGCGAUCUAACAAAAAAAAUUAACCUCUAUAAUGGAUGAUAUCGGUCGCGAAAGCCUACGUGUUGAUAUACAUUUUUUAAACAACGCAUAUGCGAAACAUUACACUUAAACGGAAAUAUGUUCCCUUAUUAAUCGGCAAUGUAUUUGCAAAACAACGCACGUGGAACCUUAUCGCGGGGGAUUCUUGUACACACCUACAUUUGCUGCGGCACACCUGUACACACCUGCAGCAGUCCACCAGUACACACCUGUGGACAGUAGCCUCACACCUCUACACACCUGCAGCAGUGCACCAGCACACACCUGUGGACAGUAGCCUCACACCUGUACACACCUGCAGCAGUGCACCAGUACACACCUGUGGACAGUAGCCUCACACCUGUACACACCUGCAGCAGUGCACCAGCACACACCUGUGGACAGUAGCCUCACACUUGUACACACCUGCAGCAGUGCACCAGCACACACCUGUGGACAGUAGCCUCACACCUCUACACACCUGCAGCAGUGCACCAGCACACACCUGUGGACAGUAGCCUCACACCUGUACACACCUGCAGCAGUGCACCAGUACACACCUGUGGACAGUAGCCUCACACCUGUACACACCUGCAGCAGUGCACCAGCACACACCUGUGGACAGUAGCCUCACACUUGUACACACCUGCAGCAGUGCACCAGCACACACCUGUGGACAGUAGCCUCACAUCUGUACACACCUGCAGCAGUGCACCAGUACACAACUGUGGACGGUAGCCUCACACCUGUACACACCUGCAGCAGUAGACCAGUACACACCUGUGGACAGUAGCCUCACACCUGUACGCGCCUGCAGCAGUGCACCAGUACACACCUGUGGACAGUAGCCUCACAUCUGUACACACCUGCAGCAGUGCACCAGUACACACCUGUGGACGGUAGCCUCACACCUGUACGCACCUGCAGCAGUGCACCAGUACACACCUGUGGACAGUAGCCUCACACCUGUACACACAAGGAGUUGCAGCACACCUGUGCAAGACAAAGAUAAAGAUCCCCCGUGUAGCCUCAACACACUGUUGUGGCAAGUGCUGUCAGCGAGUAGUGCCUACGAAGGACAGCACGGUACACGAGGGGUGGGGGGUGGGGGGCAGCACCACGCCCGACCGCCUUUGUCUCCCCCAGUGGCGAUGUUUACGCACCUCACCAGGUACUCAUUGAGGCUGAGUCGACUUAGGGGGAGGCCCAGGACCGGUUCAGAUAACCGUCACUGGUGUUGGCCGUGAGCGGGAACCGAACUCGGGCAGCCGGGGUCCGUAGCGCGGCGCGCUAACCGCUGCGCCACCGCUCCCCCGUGCACACCUGUGCAACACCUGGCACCUACGCCGCUGAUGUGCCCUACAGGUGUGGGAGAUCACCUGUACAUACCUCACCUGGGGGCAUUGGUGGUGCCACGGGGAAGGCUGUGGUGGGUGGGGGCGUGCGCGGUGCGGGGGGGGGGUCUUAUACUGGUGUGGGGGGCCAUCAACAGAAUACGAUUGGUGGGGGGGGGGGGCUGUGAGCAGAUUGAGUUAUUCUCAAAUCACCCCGCCACAGGAACGUCAGACGGUCAGAAUCCUCAUCUCUCGCGGAGAAAUCCGACGAGACUUGGAGCUCUCUUUUACCCGCAGGUCGUCCAGGUAAAUGCCACCGCUGGCUUUGAACGGGAGCUGACCACCAACAACAACGCCUCAAUGUAAGAUAUCGAUUUCUUGACUUGAAGCUUUCGUGACUGCAGGAAUAAUUCAUAUUCUUGGGUCUUUCAGUAAAGUCACGUAGAUUCUUUGAACAUAUCUACGUAGAUAGGUUCUUUGAACCGAAAGACCCAAUAUUAUUUAUCUAUUUCUGCUUUGGCUGUCAUAGGGGGUAGGGCGUGCAGGGGUGGUGGGGGGUGGGGUUGUUUGUCCAUACUUCGCCACUUUUGGUUGGUUAAACUAAAACUCAAUCUCGAUUUGAAGCAUUCGUGACUGCAGGAAUCCAUAUUCUUUGGUUCUUUCGGUAAAGUCACGUAGGUAGAAAAAUAAAUAAUGAAUCUCGACGUUUCUAUCGCAACACAAGCAAUCGUCAUCAGGUGCAAAGAUACAGCGGUAGGACUGCUGAACAAGAAAGGGCUGCUGCAACAAGAGAUUAUUCACUGGUCAACACACUUUUUCUGGCAUAAGGUAUUCCAACGGUUGUAAGGUAACUUUGGGGUGCUGAUUCCAAAUCUGGCAUCAGUUUUUGUCUAUCACAUCAGGUUUUUGAGAUAUCAAAUAUUGCAUUUUCAAUAAAAACUGCAGAAGAAAAAUAUUAAAUAAAUGUGGCUAUCUACAUAAAAUGACAUUAUAAACACACUAUCCUAAAAAUACAGCACCAUAUUUUAACACUAAAGCAGUCACUGACUCGCAACAACUUGCAAUCAUAAGUGACAGAGUUAAUUUCGGGUAAAAUCAAUGAAAAUGGGGUAUGCCGAUAGCAUUAAAAUGAGAUGUGAUAGAGCAAAUCUGAGAUCAGAUUUGGAAUCGGCACCCUGAAAUAAGUCUAAAACAGCUGCAAAAGUCCAGGCCAGAAAAUAAUGUGUUUUUGUUGUUGACCAGUGUUAUAUGUGUAGGUGUGAGGUGGGUGUCACCCAAGGGUCAGUGGGCAGGGUCAGAGAUCUUCUUGGUUCUUUCGGUAAAGUCACGUAAAAUGUAAACAAUAAAAUAACAAAAAUAAAACAUAAUAAAACAAUUCUCACGACGUUUCGGCCACAACGCAAGCAGCCGUCCUCAGGUGGAGAACAGGUCUGUCGAGAAGACAGAGUCUGAAUGAGACGCCCCAGGCUUAGAGCGACUAUUUAAGCUGGGUUGGAGGGGCGAAGAGCGCUCAGACAAAAUAAUUUGCAUAUGAAGAGGAAUUUAGCAUAUGUAUGGGAAAUGCAGAUAUGCGAUUAGUACUACUUGUGAAAUGCGUAGGAGGUUUGGCGAGCGGUUUACAUUCUACGUGACUUUACCGAAAGAACCAAGAAGAUGAAUCCCUGCAGUCACGAAAGCUUUCAACCGGGGUCAGAGAUGUCAAUCUCUCCCUUGAACGCAGCUGCUGCGCAUGUGUGCGGCGACGGGACACCUUUCCACCUCUGACCCCUCCCACUUACCCUUGGGUGACACCCACCUCACACCUGUAGAUAUGACCUCUUGUUGCAGAAGCCCUUUCUUGUUCGGCAGUUCUACCGCUGUAUCUUUCCACCUCACGACGAUUGCUUGUGCUGCGAUCGAAGCCUCGUGAUUUAUGUUUUUGUUUUCUACCUACGUGACUUUACCGAAAGAACCAAAGAGUAUGAACUAAGACUAAACCUUUUUAUUUUAGCAGGCAAGGCCCACUAAGCUGCUACAUAGCUUUUGUUUCUUUCUAGAAGCGACCUGGCCAUCACAAAUGAUAGCUGACACGAAGUGGGCCCAUCAUCAUCAUCGUCAUCUUUGUCAUCAUCAUCGUCAUCAUCAUCAUCGUCAUCAUCGUCAUCAUCAUCAUCAUCGUCAUCAUCAUCAUCGUCAUCAUCGUCAUCAUCAUCAUCAUCAUCGUCAUCAUCAUCAUCGUCGUCAUCAUCAUCGUCAUCAUCAUCGUCGUCAUCAUUAUCGUCAUCGUCGUCAUCAUCAUCAUCGUCGUCAUCAUCAUCAUCGUCGUCAUCAUCAUCAUCAUCCGUCAUCGUCGUCAUCAUCAUCGUUAUCAUCAUCAUCAUUGUCGUCAUCAUCGUCAUCAUCAUCAUCGUCGUGCGGACAUUCAUAGCAGCAUCCAACUUCUCGCAAAACGCGUGACGUUGACUCUGAAUGUGGAGGGGGGGGAAAACCGGAGAGACCCGGAGACAAAAAUCCACGCGACCACGGGGGGAGCGAGAGAGAGAGAGACACGCAUCACCACGGACUGCCUCCGAUA